CUGAGUGAGUGUGAGAUCACGUCCUUGCAAUGCGGUCGCUGGAGAGUCGACUGUAGCUAGUUCAGUACAUUUCCGACAUAUGACUGAUUCACGGCUCGGAAUCGCUGUGGAAUAGGAAAACCUUCCGGUUUUGCUGUGUUUAUACCUGUACUGGCCUGCCGUUAAGAUGGAUUUUAGUCUCACUUAGCUAGAACAUCUCUCCCAACCAUCUUGUUGGGCUCGUUUUGGGGACUCCUCUCGCUUUCUUCUGGAAACCACCCUGUCUCUCUCCUUGGCCUCUCUCUCUUAUUUAGACAAGAGAGCCCAUGAAAUCGAGAGAAAUGUGGGGCAGAAACGAUUUUGAGGAUGGCCUCGAUGCGUAUAAGUCAGGUUCGAGCACGUCCUCUCCUGGAUGGGUCCCAGGCUGUGAGUCAGCAUGGCAAGGCUCUUCCUCCACCACCACCAGCAGUAACCGCGGGAGACGUCAUAGCGCCGCCUCCGACAGCGGCGACACAGGCAUUGGCACAUCCUGCUCUGACAGUGUAGAAGAUCACUCCAGCUCGAGUGGCACGCUGUCUUUCCAGCCGCUUCGCUCGCAGGGCCCCAUCCCCACGGCCCAUGUCAUGCCUUCCCCCUCCGCCUCUAGGCUCAGUGCCCCUUCGACCCCCGGCAGCCCCUGGAGCAGCUGCCAGCUGCCCUCACCCCUCGACAGCCCACUGGAUAUGAAGGACCCCCGGCCUGUCCGUCGCUGGUCCUCCCUCACCCGGUUGAGCGGCCAGGACAAAAGCACCCCAUCCAGCCGAUCCUCGUACCGAUCCGACCCCCAUGGCUCCCUUGACCGGGGUCUGCUAUACGGCUACAGGCAGCAAGACCCCCUGAGCACGGAUGCUCUACUGACACACGGCCUGCACAAGCUGUCCUCCACCAAUUCAGAGCUGCAGCGCUACAGGUAUGAGCUGGGUAGCGGCACUUUCGCCAGGACAGACUCAUCCUGCUCUUCUCCGCUCAAGCCCAGCACUCUGGACCUGAGCUACAGUGCCUUACCAGAAAGUAAACCCACCACUACGGGCUCCUUACUGCUGCCCAGCCCAAGAGGACCCUCAUUGGGCCACCAGUCGGUGGGUGGCUCUCCCAUCCAGCCGGCCGUUCGCACUCAGAUGUGGCUAAGCGAGCAGAUGGAGUACAGGCCUGGGCCUGAGGGCUGCGGCCUCAGUGCCUGGCAACAGGAGCAGCAGCAGCGUGACCGACUGAGGCAGGAGGCUGAGCUCACGCAGAUGCUGGGUGGAACGGCUCUCCCCGUGAACACUCUGGUGAAGAUAAAGGAGGGGCUCCUGAGACAGCGGGAACUGGAGAUUGACAGGCAAAAGCAGCAAAUCCUGCAGCUCCAUGCCAGAAUCAGGGAAAAUGAGUUAAGGGCACAGCAGGUCCUCCAGAACCAGAGGGGGCGCUGUGAAGAUUCCUAUCUGCUUAAAACCAAGGAGUGUCCCUUCGAUAGCCCUGUGUCUGGCCACAGUCCGCAGCCUCCGCUGACCGAGAGGAACACACUGUGCUGUGAGAAUGGCGAACUGGGCCGCAAACUGGCCGCCACUGAGCUGGAGGUCAUCCAUCUCAAUGAGUUCCUCAAACAAAACACACAGAAAUACACUGAGGACAUCAAGAAGCUGGAGGAGAAGAUGAAGACUCGUGACCGCUACAUCAGCAGUCUGAAGAAGAAAUGCCAGCGAGAGCAGGAGCAGAAUCAGGAGAAGCAGCAGCGCAUUGAGACUUUGGAGAAAUACCUAGCUGACCUGCCCUCGCUGGACGAGGUGCAGACACAGGCCCAGCAGUUGGAAGAGGUGCAGGGUAAAGCACGGGCGCUGCAGGAGACAGUGGUCCAGCUGGAGAAGAGCUUAGAGGAGAGUCGAUCUGCGCUGCAGGAGAAAGAUGCCCUCAUAGAGACCCAGUCCAAAAGAGAGAAGGAACUGGUAGCUGCUGUGCAAAGUUUGCAGGAGAAGGUAGAGAAGUGUCUGGAGGAUGGAGUGCGGUUGCCCAUGCUGGACUUGAAGCAGCUGGAGAGGGAGAACACGCGUCUGCUAGAACAGCAGAGUCAGAGUAGCAUGCUGAUCGACAGCCAGAAGCAGCAGAUUGACAAGCUCACCCUGGAGUUGACGGCACUGGAGAAGAGGCUGCAGAAGGAGAGGGGGAUCACACAGGAACUCCACAAGCAGCUGGCAGAGAGAGAGGAGGAGCUCGAGAUCCUCUCUAAGAGUGUCCAUCAGAACCAAAGACAGGCGGUUGAUGAUGAAGUGCUGCGGCUGACCUCAGGCCCCAUGGUGCAGGAGGCAGGGCCUCUGCUAAAGGAGAUGUCCCUUUGUCUGCUGGAUUUAAAGGCUCUCUGUAGCAUCCUCACUCAGAGAGCUCAGGGCAAAGAGCCCAACCUGGCACUGCUGCUGGGCAUCAAAUCUAUGAGCUGUUCAGGUGAAGAGAAGGAGAAGCCGCCGGUGGAGGACAGCUUGCGGGCCAAGCUGCUGGAAGUGUGCCAGCUGAGGAAAGACAUAGAUGACCUGCGAACCAUCAUCUCUGACCGUUAUGCGCAGGACAUGGGAGAAAACUGCGUCACGCAGUGACGCGUCCCCUAGAGCCCGGCCUGCCUGCAUCCCCAGCGCUUCCAUUCACAGCCUGUGAGGACUGGAAGACAACAAAGGGAAAUGAUAAUAGUAAUAAUAUAGAACUGGGCUUUCAUUACCCUGCAAAAACAGAGGUCUCUGACUACUGAAUGUUGGACCAAGCUGUGAAUCUAGUUUACAUGGAAGUCUUUUUAGAUCUGUGUCUAAAUGCUCAUCUCCAGUUAAGAUAGAAUCCUAUAAGUGUAUGAACUGUUGGGGUUUUUUGUUGUAUAUUUAUUGGGACUAUGGAUCACCCUGUUAGUCAUUACAGUAAGUGUAGGGUGAGGGAUCUGUCCAGAUGUUUAGAAACUGCAGUAAUGCAAUAGGAACCACAGAUUAUAAUGAGCCCUCCUGCAGCUUAAUAGGGAAAGGUGUACGAAAUGGUUAGUGCUGCUCCAUCAAGUGCCUUGUGAUGUUCCACUUUGUUACCCAUGUUGUACCUCUUCAGAGCCCAAAACUGUCACAAAUCCUCAGUCACUUUGACCCAAAGACGUUAGUCCAUGUUCUCGAUCAACUGCUGCUGGUCGCAGGUCGACGCUGAAGCAAAUUCAACUUCACGUACCAACCUCCAGGCACACGGUGGUUUACCCUCUUCUGUUCAGCACCUUGUAUAUUGACUACGAUGUUAUUUCCCCUUGUGAUUCUUGUACCCAUUCUUCUUUUUCUUCUGGUAGGACUGUAUUAAUGAUAUGAACAAUCCACCAAGCUCGCUGAAAAGCUCUAAGAAGGGAGGGUUUUUUAUAUAUAUAUAUAUAUAUAUAUAUAUAUAUAUAUAUAUAUAUAUAAAAUAAAAAGGGCCCAUAGGGAUUUGCAGCAGAGGCAUAGAAUUUGCUAAUAAUUGUAUUAGAUUUCAGGUAAUCAUGUCAGGAAACCUUUUUAAUUCAAGUGAAAAUCAGGAAUGUUUCUGCAGUAGAACCCAAACAAUUCCUGAUCCAGUGAAAAGAACUGCUGUCACAGGUUCUAGUCUUUUCAUGUAGCUCCAAAGACGACAGAGAGGAAAAAAAGAAUGUUCUUGGGGUUUUAUGUUCACUGCAGUGAACUCUUGAACUCACUGAAUAGGGCGGGGAAAACGCACACAUGGGAUUUUAUACGCAAACAGAAAAUUAGAAUUGUACAAAAAAAAAAAAAGAAAAACAACAAUGUCAAUGCAAAAUGGUUCUCAGGUAUUUUAAGUAGACAGUGUUAAGACUCCACCAUUAUGGUGGAAUUGCUUUGCUUUUUCAUUUCAAAUGGGAUUUUAAUGGAGCGUUUGUGUUCUUAAAUGUUGAUCUUUUCCAUGUUGGCCCCACAUAAGAUUAUUCUUUAAUAUGAACAGUUUAGAGACUCGGUCAUGACAAUCUAUGUACAAACAUUUGCAAGAUGAUGAAUGUUUGAUAUUUAAAACAGUUUAUUCUUUGGAUGUAUCUAGCUGGCAACAUAACUACGAUUUUUUUUGCAUGAAACGAGGCCGUGUCCGUGUGCUUCCAUCAUGUGCACGUCUGUCGACGCACAUUGUAAAUUUGUCCUGAUGGAAUGGAUUUGAUAUUUAAAGCUGUUUCAUGGAUAUGAUUUGACAUACAAAGUGCUAUGCAACCUCGUAUUUACCAGCAUCCACUAUAGACUUCAGCAGACGUUUUUACUGUGCCUUUACAAAUCUAUGCAGCAAAAUUGAAAUCCUGUGUAUAAUGUAUGUCGGUAGGAUUUCCAUGAUUGACAUGGCUCAAGUUCAGACAACAGAUGUAUUCACCUCCUGAAAAGAGUACACUCCUUGAUGAACGGUGCAGUCGUGUUAAGCCAUAGCCACAAACAAUGCAUAUUAAUACUCAGGCAAAGUGAGGACUGAAACCUGACUAGGAAUGUACUCCUGCUGCCGCUCCUGCUUUGUACUGGACAGCGUUAGAUGAAUGAGCAUGCUGUAAGUGGUGUACAGUGAUCGUAUUGUAGACAAAAGCAAAGGGAAGUACACGGUUGUCAUGGCCGAUUCUGAACACACUGUGGGCUGAAGGCCGCUGGCUGGCUUUACUGUAUGGUAUAGACCUUCUCACUGGUUUAAAUGUAGUUUAAGCUUUUAGUUUUUCAGCUAGACUUUACAUAUGCCAAAGCUCUAUUUAUGUACCAAUUUUGAAAGUAUUGACAAGUAUUUUUCCAUUUUAUACAAAGUAAGACAAAAAUUGCUUUCCAUUUGUACAGAGGAUAAAUAAAAUAUUUUUCUAAAAAAGGG